GACAUCGUACUCUUAAGAUACAUAGUGAUCAUUACGUUUACAUCCCCCUUUCACGGUUUUGCGCUAAUGUGCCUUGUGCGCUGUCCCGCUCGCCAUUUCUUCUUCCUUCUCUGAAAUUCUUAGCUUCGAAUCUCUUUAUUUUCCGACGACAAAUGGCGGCCAGAAUCGGGUCCUUCCACCACAGCUUCGCCGAGAGAAGCAAGGAACGGCUGCUUUCGCGAAAAGGGUACUCCGACUUCGGCUUCAACAGCUCCGAAGCUGGCGACGAACACGUCAAAUGCGGCUGCUUCCGGAGAUUCUCCGAUGGGUUCAACAACUUCUGCAACAAUUUCCAGGACACUUUCAUCAAAUUGUAUCAAAUGGGUCGUUCCGAUCCUCGAAAAGCCAUCUUUGCGACCAAGAUGGGGAUGUCGUUGGCGCUCGUGUCGCUGCUCAUAUUUUUCAAGGAGCCGCUCAAAAGUGCCAGCCAGUAUUCCAUCUGGGCAAUCCUUACUGUCGUCGUCGUUUUUGAAUUCAGCGUAGGUGCAACCUUGAACAAGGGUUUUAAUCGAGCUUUGGGGACGUUAUCGGCCGGUGGGCUUGCUCUGGGGAUUGCAGAGUUAUCUGUAUUGGCAGGAGAUCUGCAGGAAGUUGUAAUUGUAAUCAGUGUGUUUAUAGCAGGAUUUACUGCUAGUUAUAUCAAGCUUUAUCCGACAAUGAAGCCAUACGAAUACGGAUUUCGGGUAUUCUUGUUGACAUAUUGUAUCGUCUUGGUGUCUGGGACUUCAUUAUUCCUUCAGACAGCAUUCUAUCGAUUGCUGCUUAUUGCAGUCGGUGCAGGCAUUUGUUUGCUUGUAAAUAUAUUCAUAUACCCCAUCUGGUCAGGGGAAGAUCUCCAUAAGCUGGUGGUGAAAAAUUUAAGGGGUGUGGCUUCUUCUUUGGAAGGUAUCGUUAAUCAGUAUCUGCAAUGUGUUGAAUACGAGAGAAUUCCUUCAAAAAUUCUCACCUACCAAGCUUCUGAUGACCCGUUGUAUAGUGGUUAUAGAUCAGCUGUGCAAUCUUCAAGCCAAGAGGAAACUCUGUUAGGCUUUGCUGUAUGGGAGCCACCGCAUGGCCCUUAUAAGUCAUUCAGUUACCCCUGGGUAAACUAUGUCAAAGUUGGUGGUUCACUGAGGCAUUGUGCAUUCAUGGUCAUGGCGAUGCACGGAUGCAUACUUUCAGAAAUCCAGGCACCACCCGAAAAGAGACAGGUUUUUGGCAUGGAGCUCCAGAGAGUUGGUGUUGAAGGUGCUAAAUUGUUACGUGAGCUAGGAAGCAAAGUAGAAAAGAUGGAGAAAUUAAGUCCCAAUGACAUACUUUUCGAUGUGCAUGAAGCCGCAGAAGAGUUGCAGAUGAAAAUAGACAAAUACUCAUACCUUCUUGUCAAUUCAGAGAGCUGGGGACCUGAAGUACGUCCCAAGGAAUAUGAAGAUCCUGUGCAUUUUGUCGAUAAAGACAAUGAAAAUAAGCAGGUGGUGAUUGAUUCUCUCAGUGAAUAUUGGGAUCCUCAGAAUCCAAGCACAGCUGCUGAUCCUUCCAUUCAACAAUGGAUAUCUACAGAAAGUCUGUUAAAAAAACCAAUAUCAUGGCCGCGCCUCUCAUUCAACGCGCAUGCUGUGCAAGAGGAACCUGAAGAAUCAAAAGUUUACGAGAGCGCCAGCUCUUUAUCUUUGGCAACAUUUGCAUCGCUUCUGAUUGAGUUUGUGGCUCGGCUUCAAAAUCUGGUGGAAGAAUUUAAAGAGCUGAGUGAGAAGGCAAAGUUUAAGGAUCCUGUUGAAGCCAAGGAGGAGGUUGUUGGGUUCUGGACCAGACUAUUCAGGAGUUUGCGGUUGAAGAAUUAAAGACUGGAUUAUUUUUUUCAGGUUGGUUGGUACCUAAUUAUAAUUUUGAUCCAAGGAUUUGGAGGUAAUCAGCGGUCACUAAAACAAGUUUGACAAAUUGAUUUCUUUGUUGGGUAACGAAUUUCCUUUACAGAUUGUAUUAAAAACUGGUGUAGAAGGGCAGUGUGAGGUUCUCUGUUUUGAACUCUUCGAUUUGAUAACAUUUUGACGCGAACCAAGCUGGGAAAAUCCUCGUUCUGAGAAAAGUCCGGUUGAUCACAGAAAAUCUGAUGAGACCAAAUGAUGGAGAAGAAAAUAAUUUGGAAGUCAAAACUCCAGUGAAGCAUGAAACUGCGUAUGCGUUAGCAAAUCGCAUCCUAACUGAUGUAUCAGUGUAUCAUUUGUUUAAAUUUUGGCCAAGUUUGGAUCUCAUUUGUUAUAACUUGAUGUGUAAUGUAUGACUUGUACUACAUAAGACGUGCCUAAAGGUUUUUUCUUGGGCGUCAAGUUUUGUUCAAUAAGACAAUGUGCUUGAUUCUCUUA